UAGGCACAAAUUUUGAUGGCAGAGAGACUCUAUCGUCUGGGAAUAAUUCGCUUUUCCACAAUCUUUGGAGCUCUUCUAUUUGUGGACUUUGCACUGACUGUCAGUCUGUGGCUGUCCGGCUCACCCAGCGAAGAAGCAGAGUCGAAAAGCGAACAGCAACUGCAGUUUAGUAUCACGUCCUUCACGUGGACAAAUUCCGUCUUUGACUUAGUGUUGGUAUCGUUGGCAAAGUUACUUUUAUGUGCCGCUUUAUUGUGGAAUGCUGAGAAUUCGAUCUUACACGAAUUGUGGGAUGAUAAACCAUAUGAGCGACCUCAUGCUAGACGGACGCGUUUGAUGCUCAUUCUGAUUCUUGUUUGCAUCUUAAUAAAUGUCGUGUAUGUCGUUGCUAAGGACGGUGUUAUCCUAUCUGAUGAUGAUGGGGAUAUAUUUGGGAAAGAUGGUAUGCCUGUCACUUAUGGAGUUUGUUUGAUCACGUCGUCUCUGUUUGCUGUUGUUGAACUGGGGUUCUGUGUCUUUAUGUUUAAAUACCUCAAUAGUGCCAGGUUUCGUAUUGCUGCAUUUGCCUUGCAUUUGAAUACGAGCAAGGAUGAUGGGAGUGGCAAAUGGAGCAACGAAACUGAGAAGGACAGUGAUGAGAAGGAAAAGUAUCGAGUGCCUGUUCAUCGAGUUCUUGGCUUGGCUAAGCCGGAGCUACCCUUACUUGUGCCUGCUACAUUUUUUUUGUUAAUUGCAACUGGGUCAAUGGUGUUAGCACCACGAUACUUUGGUAAAGUGAUUGAUGCUGCAGUUCAGAAAAAUAGAGGCAAAAUGAAUGAAGAUGUGUGGAUAUUGCUUGGUGUCUUCCUGGCUGGUUCCAUUGCUGGCAUGUUUAGGUCAUUCUUCUUUGUACUGGCAGGAGAACGUCUUGUAGCAAGACUGAGGCAAAGGUUGUUUGGUUCUGUAAUGAAACAAGAGGUGGCUUUUUUUGAUGUGACAAGAACUGGUGAAUUGACAAGUCGACUCAGUUCAGACACCCAAGUUGUCCAAGAUGCAGUUACGAGCAACCUGUCGAUGCUUAUUCGCUAUGCCUUGUUGAUCAUUGCCUCUCUCGUCUUCAUGUUUGUUCUCAGCUGGAAGCUCACACUUGUCUUACUUGCUGUUGUUCCUAUUGUCUCUAUUGGAGCCGUUAUCUAUGGAAAUUAUAUUAAGAAACUCCGAAAGCAGUUCCAGGACCUGCUAGCUGAAGCUGGAACUGUAGCCGAAGAGUCUAUUAGUAGCAUACGAACAGUUCGGUCAUUCUCCAAUGAAGAGAAGAGCAUGGACAAUUACAAUGACGGGAUCGACAAGAGCUAUCAUGUUGGCAAAAAGUCUGCUCUAGCAAUAGGUAUCUUUAAUGGCUGUGUAUUCAGUGUCAUCCAAGGUGCUUGUGUCCUUGUAUUAUGGUAUGGGUCUACUUUGGUGGUUAGUGGAGAACUGUCUGCUGGUCUAUUGACAUCUUUUAUGCUCUAUAUGUUUAACAUUGCCAUGGCGUUUGCAUUUAUCUCAAAUCUCUAUGGGGUGUUUAUGCAGGCUGUAGGCGCUUCUACGAGAAUAUUCCAAUUGUUGGAUCGAGUUCCUUCUAUUUCCAUUGCUGGAGGAACAAAGCUGCUGAUGUUUGAAGGAAGUAUUGAGUUCCAGCAGGUCUCCUUUAAGUAUCCUUCACGACCAGACACUUCAGUUCUGAAGAAGGUUACGUUUUACGUCAAACGGGGGACAGUGGUGGCACUGGUGGGACCAUCAGGUGGAGGAAAGUCUACUAUAGUCAACCUUAUUGAAAGAUUCUACACUCCAAUUGAAGGCAAAAUUUGUCUUGGUGGGACUGAUAUCGAUGAACUUGAUCCGAAAUGGUUUCGACAACACGUUGCUAUGGUGGGACAAGAACCUGUUUUGUUUGGAAGCACGAUUCGUGAAAACAUAGCUUAUGGCAAGGAUGCUAGUCUAGAAGAGAUUGAAGAUGCCGCAAAGAAGGCCAAUGCUCACGAGUUCAUAACAAACUUUGAGGAAAGCUACGAGACUCUAGUUGGAGAAAGAGGGGUUCGUUUAUCUGGCGGUCAGAAGCAGAGAGUCGCCAUUGCUCGAGCACUACUGAUGAAUCCAACCAUACUUCUACUAGACGAGGCAACCAGUGCACUCGAUGCCGAGAGUGAGCAUCUAGUUCAAGAGGCAAUUGACCGUGCUAUGGUAGGACGGACAGUAUUGGUUAUUGCACAUCGACUUUCAACCGUCAGAAGUGCCAGCAAGGUUUUAGUCGUGGACAAGGGCGAGAUCGUCGAGACGGGAACUCACGACGAGCUGCUCGAUCGCGACGGCGUCUACAAAAAGCUCGUACUCAGACAAUUGCAGGCCGGACAGACUAGUCUGCAAUUAUAACUAAAAGGCCAUGCUCUAUUGCAGUUUGCGCGUAUAUGCUUGAUCAGACGAUAGUUGAUGUCGUACAGAAACCUAGUGAUUUACCUGCGCACCUAGAUGUGUUAUCCAUUUCCGGCUGUAAACGGAUCACCGGUGGGCGGGAAAGUACUAAUUAGUAUGUUAAAAGCCAAUGAGAUGCGGUUUCUUGCCAUAGCGGGGACGCUGAAAACCGAGAGGCCGAGUAUUCUGGAGCAUUACUUACUGACUGUUCGUACGGUUUAUGUGCUGUUUGAGGGCCCACGGCAUGAAUCGGAGGCUUGGACUGUUGUUGUUCUGUCUCUUUGUCUGCCUGCUGCGCGAUUCUCGCGUUUCAUCGACGCGCUGGGACGGAGAAGAGGGAGGCGGCGCCGAGACGAUGUCGAAUCGGUGGAUUGUUCGCGUGAAGGGAGGCGAAAGGGCAGCUCGACGAGUUGCGGAGAUUCACGGUUUCCGCCUUGUGGGACCGAUUGAGACGACGAAGCGUAUGUACGAGUUCGAACUGAGAGAGACGAACGGGCGAACGAAACGCAGCACGUCGGACGCUGAACUCGAGCUGCGAAGAGACCCGAAGGUGGCCACUCUAUGGAGAGAACCCAAGCUGUUGCGCGAAACGCGACAACGACCGCUAGACGAGCCUCUCUACAGACGCGGCUGGAAG